AAUCAUCUUUCGCGACUUUCCAUAGUUUUAAUCCGUCCCGCCUUUCCUCUUCCUUCUCUGCUAGAUCUUUGUCCAGAGCUUCAAUCGCAUCAACUCCUCGGUCUUCCCUCUCCGCGUACCACCAAUUCGGACGCUCGUUCUCUUCUACUCCUACCGUUCGAUUCUCACCUUCAUCUGCUAAAAUGGCUGGCGGAAACGUUGUCGAUAUCACUACCGAGGCCGAGUUCAAGGAGAAGGUCCUCGAAUCCCAGGACCUCGUCGUCCUCGACUGCUUCGCCGAAUGGUGCGGACCCUGCAAGGCCAUCGCGCCCAAGCUCGCCCAGUUCAGCGAGGCCUACCCCCAGGCCAAGUUCUACAAGAUCGACGUCGACCAGCUGUCCGGGGUUGCCGCCGAGCUCGGUGUCCGCGCCAUGCCCACCUUCAUGCUCUUCAACAAGGGCCAGAAGGUCUCUGACGUCGUUGGCGCCAACCCCCCUGCCCUGGAGGCCGGUAUUAAGAGCUUGAUUGCGUAA